AUGUUCAUUGAUCAUUAUAACCUUUUUGGGAUGCUGGCGCAGUGCUCCUUUGUUUGGCAGCUUGCACUCGAAGAAGUCGAGCUUGUAGUGCAGCUGAAAGAUAUCAUUCACGACGAAUGGACUCUUGUGGAGAUGUAUGUGCAGACAUUGAAGCUACUCAGACUUUUGGCAGACUCGUUGAUGGAGGGUGGAAUCGAGUUGAGUGUUGCGCGUAUUCCGACCAAGUGGAAGAAUAACGUCAAGCCUUUCAUCAAAGCAGGCUGGAAUGCACCUAUGCCUCACGCUGGCAACUAUGGUGAUUCAUGA